AUGAAUUGCCCCUCGCGAAACGACGACACUCUCGAGCAUCCGGGCUGGAACCAGAAUCCGCCACCGUUCAGUCCGGACACCACCACCCGCAAUGAUUUCAACGGCAUCGCUAAUGCUCGAGUGCAUCGCAAGAAUGCCUCCAACACAGGCACGGGUGACGAUACGAUGUCCAUUGAGCCGCGCCCGCACAGUUUUGAAAGCCGCGAUCCUGAGAUCAAGAAGACCGCGGACGGUGAAGUGAUCGCCGCCGCCUCGGGUUGUGAACCGACAACCUCGAGGACCAGCGGAUCACCUCGCCGUCCCUUCAAAAAUGUAAUCUCUUCGUCUGCGCUGCACUGUGCCCGUAGCCUGGUGAAGUUUAGCCGCUUCGUGGGCCCUGGUUUUCUUAUCGCCGUCGCCUAUAUCGAUCCGGGAAACUACGCAACCGAUGUUUCGGCCGGUGCGGAGUUCAAGUACGCCUUACUGUUCAUCGUUCUCCUCUCCAACCUGUUUGCAAUCCUUCUGCAAUCUCUGUGCAUCAAGCUGGGGACAGUGACCGGCCUCAAUCUGGCAGAGAACUGCCGGGAGCACCUUCCCCGCUGGCUGGUUAUUAUCCUCUAUAUCUUUGCAGAAGCAGCCAUCAUUGCCACUGAUAUUGCCGAGGUGGUUGGAUCUGCGAUUUCGUUGAACCUUUUACUCAACAUCCCCUUGGUAGCUGGAUGCGCUAUCACUCUGGUGGAUGUCUUUUUCUUACUCCUUUUUUGGCGCCCAAAUGGGUCCAUGUGGGGGUUACGCCUUUUUGAGUUCUUCGUCAUGGCUCUCGUUCUAGGCGUAGUGAUUUGCUUUUGCAUUCAGCUAUCCCUGAUCAAAGAACAAUCGGUGGGAGAAGUCUUCAGGGGGUAUUUGCCGUCGUCUGCCAUUGUGCAGUCCGAAGGUCUUUACCAAAGUUGCGGUAUCCUCGGUGCCACCGUGAUGCCACAUUCCCUCUUUCUUGGAAGCGGCGUGGUCCAGUCUCGCCUGAAGGAGUUUGACGUCAAUUCAGGUUAUGUUGACUCUACCGUGCCUCUAGGAAGCAACGGCGGUGAGGUGGAGUAUCGUCCGACUCUCCAUGCCAUCCGAGGUUGCUUGAAGUAUUCCAUCAUUGAAUUGGCACUGUCGCUGUUUACGUUUGCCCUAUUUGUCAACAGCGCCAUUCUCAUCGUCGCCGGCGCCUCUCUUUAUGACGUUCCCGGAGGAGCUAGCGCCGACUUGUUUGGAAUUUACGACUUACUCUCUUCAUCCAUCUCUAAAGCGGCCGGUAUGAUCUUCGCUUUGGCCCUCCUCUUGUCUGGUAUCUCCGCGGGCAUAGUGUGCACCAUGGCCGGCCAGAUGGUCAGCGAGGGCAUGCUAAGAUGGAGUAUCCGCCCUUGGAUGCGGCGACUCAUUACUCGUUCUAUCAGCAUCAUUCCGAGUAUCAUCAUUGCAGCUGCUGUUGGCAAGAAUGGAUUGGAUAAGACGCUAACAGCGAGCCAAGUCUGUCUCAGUGUCAUUCUGCCAUUUGUCUCGGCCCCGCUCAUUUGGUUCACAUGCUUCAGUCGCUACAUGACCGUCCCCACCGAACAGGCCGCUGAGGGCGAUGGCUCGGCUGAGGUCGGGCAGGUGUCUAUGCGAAACCAUUUUAUUCUGUCUGUGAUUGCUGGCCUCGUCUGGUUACUCAUUGUGAUCAUGAAUGUGGCCUUGCUUGUCCUGCUCGGGAUGGGCAAAGCGUAG